AUGGAAAAUUCGAAACAAGAGAAGCCGCGAAGGAAAAACUACCGAAAGAGAAACCCAACCGAAGAACACGACCAACUCCCACAAUCCCAAUCAAACAACGAUUCCGACGAUGAACACGAAAGAAGAUUGGCAUUGGAAGAGAUCAAGCUUCUCCAGAAGCAGAGAGAAAGGAAAUCAGGAAUCCCUGCAAACCUUACUUUGCAGCAAUCUAAUCCUGGAAUUUCCGGCGGUUUAGCUGCUAAAACAGUUGAAAAGAACGGCGGCGGCGGCGAUGGCGGUGACAAGGAUGAUCUCGUUCUUCAAGACACGUUUGCUCAAGAGACUGCUGUUAUGGAUGAAGAUCCCAAUAUGGUUAAGUAUAUUGAGCAGGAGUUAGCGAAGAAGAGAGGUAGAAAUAUUGAUGAAGAAGAUCGAGUGGAGAAUGAGUUGAAACGUGCUGAAGAUGAACUAUAUACAAUCCCUGACCAUCUUAAAGUAAAAAAGCGAAAUUCAGAAGAAAGCUCUACACAGUGGACCACUGGUAUUGCUGAGAUUCAGCUUCCAAUAGAAUAUAAAUUGAAAAAUAUUGAAGAAACAGAGGCUGCCAAAAAGCUUCUGCAGGAAAAGAGGCUUAUGGUUGGUCGGGCAAAGUCAGAUUUCAGCAUUCCAUCAAGUUACAGUGCUGAUUAUUUCCAGCGGGGCAGGGAUUAUGCUGAAAAACUUAGAAGAGAACAUCCCGAGUUGUACAAAGAAAGAAGUCUGCAGGAUGAUAGUUCUGCAUCCAAACAAAAUGAUACCGGCAGUGAUGCUGCUGGUGCAAUACAGAGGCAGGCUGCAACUGACCAAUUCAUGUUAGAGCGUUUCAAGAAACGAGAACGUCACCGUGUUCGGAGAUGA